UCCUCCUCUUUCGUCCCGUUAGCGGUCCCCUCCGGUUAACAGUUCAGCUCUCUCUCUCUCUCCGGUACCGGUAUGUCGGUGUUUUGUGAAGUCCCCCAAGCAGCCCCCGUAGCUGUCUUCAAACUAACCCAGGAUUUUAACAACGACCAGUUUCCCAACAAGGUGAACCUCGGAGUUGGAGGUGAGUUCACUACAUUUAAGUUUAACUGACACUUGUGCAGCUAGGUGACGAUAGCCAUGGUAACGGUAACCCAAAGCAACCGUCCAGUCUGAGUUUAAUGCUGGUUUAGCUAGUAGGUGUUCCGGUGAAAGUCGCACCCCAAAGAUUGUAUGACCUGUUGUCCAUAUUGUAUUAUUAAGGCUGCAGCAGUUGUAUUUACCUGAAAAUGUUGAUAGCCAAGCAUCUAGUAUUAAAAAUGUGACAUUUUGGUGGAUUAAAAAUUAUAGUUUUAUUUUUUAUUUUUUAAUUAAAUUUUUACCACACCAAUACAGUGUAUACAUCUCAAUACAAUGCAUUUCUUUUCUUUUUCCAGCUGUAUGUGUAUUUUUACAAACAUAUAUGUAGGAUUAAAUUGAAGAGAAUAAUCACAGUAGUCAUCGCAAAUAAACAAUGUCCACUCCAAAGUCCAGAUUUAUAGACACAAAUCCUAGUCAGAGGCAGGAUGACAGUAUUUUGUACUUACACCAUUAACAUAAACUGUCAUUACAUCAAUUAAGGUACCACAAGUUCCCAUAUUUCCCUCUGAAGCCUUAGUGAAAAUGUGAUCUGCUUCAUUUGAUAAACGUCUCAUUCUUUUUAAAUCCAGAUAUUGUAUGAAGGAGGUUCUGGUUUCACCCAUCUGAUGGUUAUAGACACCAAGGCUGCAGUCGAUAAUAUGUUUCAGAUGUAUUUUUCUGACCUCCUGUCCAAGAAUUUGAGUUUUAACAGCAGGCUGGUGGUCUACAUAGUCACAGGUCACAGAUGUUGUCGUAACACCUACUGAUUUAACGAGCACUAUCGAGAUAUUGUGGAUUGAUUUUAUGAAAACAAUCUUUUUUUUUUUAUAGUGAAUACGAGAACACCUCCAUAUAUCAAUCUAGAGAAACUGUCCAAUCCCCUUUUUUCUUUAUCAGAAGAGGAAUUGCAGCCUCUCUGAUUGAUUCCUGUGCCUGUGUUAUUUGCUGUUCAGUCAUGCCACACCAGAGGCUGAUUGCAGCUUUGUUGAUAAUGUAUUCUUGUUAUGUAAUACCUCUGCACAAAGAGUAGAGUCAUCUUUGUCCCUGUCCUCUCUCCUUUUUUCUCUCCCUCUUGCUGCAACUCUGCACAAUAACCGCUCACUUGAUUGGAUUACUGUUCCCCCAUGCAACAAGAACAAGCUACUUGCAGGAUUUUAGAUGUGUGUGGCUUAGUCCUGCUUCACCCCUAAAGCGAGCAAAUGGCACAUUUCAGUCCUGCGUACGACUGUUUGGAGUGUUAAUCUUAUUAAAAGUUGUAAUCCUCGCCGCUUACAUCGCAAAGGAACAGUGUGGUAGAUGUAGUUUAGAUGUGUUUGUGGCGGUAUAGUCAUGUCACUGCAUUAAAGGACAAGGCUACCCAAGUCUUAUGAUUAGUACAGCAGGCUGAGGCCUUGUAAUCCCCUGCUUUCUGCAAGACACAGUGCCGCAGAUGGUCAUCCACUAAGGGGAAGCUGGGAAAUGUAGGCCACACGUGUCUAAAAUUUUAACGCCAUGCUGACUCAAGUCGUCUUUUCAUUAAUGUUUCAUCCAAAAUACUGCGUUAUUCAGCGAGUACUUUCAUAAUCUGCCAGUUGAUGUGUUAAUAAGAGGGAUAUUAGAAGGCUCUAUAAAACAUUACACAUGGCAUUAGGAGCCUUUAUUCUGCAUGUGGUUAAACUUUAACUUUUUACUCAAAAAUAAUGGGUCUAAUGAUCAAUGACAGCAGUGACCUUAACCCCUAGUUUUGUCAUGGAUUAAAAAUUAAAUUCAACAGGUUGUUUUGCAUUAGUUUAUCCAGACGAUGUUGAUAUUUACCUUGAGACUGAUCAGUGGGUCACAAAGAUAAGCUGAAUGUCUCCGUUGGAAAUGAACAAAAAAAGGCGUUUGUCAGCUCUAGACCUUAUCGGGUGGCGACACAGAGUUCAUCUCCACAGAUAAAAGAGCAGGGCGGUUACAAUAUCUCUGACGUGAUCAUUCAGGGUCAUUUGAGCAUUCCUGUUAUUUGACCCAGGACCAAAUACUCAAAGCUGCUUUUACUCCAGUUCUUCUUAGUGAAGUAAUUGGAACUGGUUGGACUGGAUGACAUAAGCCCUUCUGUGGAAAUCAUUUCAAACAAUAGUAUAUGCUGCAUUUGCGCAAUUAAGGCUACAACAAAAGUUUCCUUCUUUAAAAUCUUGUGCACAGUUUAAAACAAAUUUUCAACUUUGUUUCCCUGACUUCUUCUUGCAGCUUACCGGACAGAUGAAGGAAAGCCAUGGGUGUUACCCGUGGUGAAAAAAGUGGAAAAGAUCAUUGUGCAUGAUGACAGGCUAAAUCAUGAGUACCUGCCCAUCUUGGGUCUGCCUGAGUUCAGAUCCUCGGCGUCAAAGAUCGCACUGGGGGAGGACAGUCCUGCCAUCCAGGCAAACAGGGUUGGUGAUUUUGAGUAUCCUGAUAAAUGCACUCUAAAUACACUUUCCAAACUUUUUUUUUCAUAUUAUACUCUAAAGUUAAAAGCCUGAUUCUGUCACUGCCAGGUUGGAGCUGUCCAGUGUCUGGGCGGUACAGGUGCUCUGAAGAUGGGAGCAGAGUUUUUGAGGCGUUUCUACAACGGGAACAAUAACACCAAAACACCCGUCUAUGUGUCUGCGCCUACUUGGGGUAGGUAGGCCAACACAUACACACACAAACAUAUUUAAAGUAUCCUCCUUUCUACUAACCGGCUCCUCCUACAGAGACUCUGAUCUGAGACUUGGAUAGACUCAGUUUCGACUUUAGACCCUGUAUGUCAGUACAGUUUAAUUAAUGACUCUCACAUCUUAUCUCUGAUCUACAUUUGUUAUCGGUUCAUAUGUGAGGAACAUUCAAUAAAAUUAUGUCCACUUUUGUAUCUUGAGUCAAUGAUAAUAUAAUUUUAUUAUUUAAUGAUCGUUUCUGUAUCUUAUUGUUUCAGAAAAUCACAAUGCUGUGUUUGCCAACGCUGGCUUUGAGGACGUCCGUCCAUACAAGUAUUGGGACGCUGAGAGGAGGGGGCUUGAUUUAGCUGGUUUCCUUGGGGACUUGGAGGUACCUAGAGUGAAAUCUGAACUCUGGAUUUACUCUAUUUUGCCUUCAUUAAGUUUACUAGAAUUUACUGUUUUCUCUGUCCUUCUUGUAGAGUUGUCCAGAACGCUCCAUCUUUGUCCUGCAUGCUUGUGCCCACAACCCGACAGGCACAGACCCCACACAGGAGCAGUGGAAGAUGAUCGCUGAAGUUAUGAUGGUAUUACAAAGAGCCCUGCACACCAAUGCAAAUCAAAAUCUAAUCACCACAAACAGAAGCGUCACCUCGCACAGACAGGAUAUGGUUUCACAUGCUCCACAUUUAUCAGAGUGUGCUGACUGUUUGAUCUUUUAUCCUGUUCUCUUCAGAGGAGGAAGCUGUUUGUGUUCUUUGACUCGGCUUAUCAGGGAUUCGCCUCGGGCAGUCUGGAUAAAGAUGCCUGGGCGGUCCGCUACUUUGUCUCCGUGGGCUUUGAAAUGUUCUGUGCCCAGUCGUUCUCAAAGAACUUUGGCCUUUACAGUGAGUGACCUCUGGGUACUUUGGGUUUCACAUCAGCUGCAUGACAGUGAUUAAGAGUGACAUGCUUUUGUAUCGUCCUUAAUCACGAGGACGGUCACAGAAAGGUUUUAUGUAGCCACAUUUUUUACAGUUUAACAAAGGAAAGGAUUGUUGUGCGAGAACAUAUUGCUUUGUUAUAAAGAUCUGAACAUGAAAGACUGAAACAUAAAUAUAUUUGAGCUUUGCAUUAAAGGUGGGGUAGUCAGGAUCUGAGGAAGAGACAGUUUUUGGGAGAAAUCUUGAAUGUAAGCUCUACACCUCCCAACCAGUUUUCCCCUAAUAACUAUUGACUGAUAUUAAAAGCUUUUUUGUAUAAACACCACAAAAAAAAGACACUUCUUCAACGAAAUCCUGCACACCCCACCCUUAACAUAAAUUUGCAGAUUCUUUUCAGCAUGUCAACAUCUGAUUGGUAAAGGACUUUAGUAAUCAGCCUGCAUUUCUCCCCGUCAGAUGAGCGUGUUGGCAACCUGACCAUUGUUGCUCGAGAUGGAGACAACCUGAAGCGAGUUCUGUCACAGAUGGAGAAGAUUGUCAGGACCACCUGGUCCAACCCACCAACCCAGGGAGCUCGCAUCGUUGCUAUCACUCUCAACUCACCGGAGCUCUUUGCAGAAUGGUCGGCACAAAAGAGAAACACGACCUGUGCAUUGAAUUACCAUUUACGCUCUAAAAUGAAGGUAUUUUCUGAAUUGGAGAUAUUGAUUUGAAUGUAUUUGACUCUAGGAAGGACAAUGUAAAGACCAUGGCUGACAGGGUCUUGUUGAUGAGGGCUCAGCUGAAAGCAAAGCUCCAAUCUCUGGGGACACCGGGGACCUGGAACCACAUCACAGAGCAGAUCGGCAUGUUCAGCUUUACAGGCCUCAACCGUGAGUACUUAAGUCACAUACCGACAUUUACACCCUUUCAGCACAACAGCUACACAAACACCUCCUUAGAAACAAGCAUGUCUGUAAAAUGAAAAAUGAGAUCUUAAAAAAAACAAACAAGAAAUGGGGUUUUGCUGUUCCUCCUCCUGCAGCCAAACAAGUGGAGUACAUGGUGAAGGAGAAACACAUCUACUUAAUGGCCAGCGGUCGCAUCAACAUGUGUGGCGUGACCAGCAGGAACAUAGACUAUGUGGCUGAAUCCAUCCAUGAGACCGUCACCAGGGUCCAGUAGAAGAUCCACGGUUCUCUGCACCUCUUCCAGCCUGGUCCAGAUCCCAGUGAAAAAGUCCAGCUCACUGCCUGUUCACCCUCUCAUUCCAGUGUUUGUGCUAAGCUAGGCUAAACACCUCUUGGACCUGUUUCUUCGGUAUUUAUCAUCCUGGCGGCAUUCCUUUCAGUUACCGUGUUGUAAUUUGUCACAUGUUUUAAUUUGAUGUCGGUUUCUUCCUCUUAGUGUGAAAAUCACUGAAUCUUCACAUGUAGCAUCGUACAAAUCUGUCAUUUCCUGGCCCUUUGAGAGGGUUAGUGCAUCUGUGUCUGUGUGACUCUUUUGUCUGAGGCUGUGAUUCAUCCAUCCAUCCAUCCCGAGUGUUAAUAACACAUUUGCAUUUUUGUUUCAUCAGUAUCAGUGGUUUGGAAAAGCUGAAUUUUAGAAAUGAGUAAUUAAGUAGCGGAGGCGGUUUUAAUGAAUGUUGUGAGUGUUUACGCCUCGAUCGUGAAUCUAGUGCAGUAUUAUGUUUAGUGAACAAUAGAGGAAUAUUCUCAGGAUACUUUUUAUCUAUUUAAUUUUUAAUAAUACUGACUUCUUUCCAAAAGCUGCUGCUCUAAAUACCUUACUGUGAAUUAGUUCAAAUGAAGCACAAACGGCACUGAACUGCCCAACAGGUACAGAGUCAACAGAGGAAUCUGUUUUCAGCUGAAUGAGGAGAUGUUUCUGGGUCUGUCAGGAUCCUGCAGCUUAAAUGAAUGUUGAGUUUGAACAGCGAAAGUCUGUAUGCAGCACUGGUGCGCUAUUAUGCAAGAGCCACGUGUGAGCGGCACAAACACGCUAAUGAUCAACUAGUUUGGUACUAUACCUCUGUGAAUAAUGGACCAACAAAGCCAUGGUGCUGUACGGCUAAAAACAUCCCCACCAGACUGUGAAUUUACCAUCCUAAUAAACAAAUAUAAACAGUAAGAUUGAAUUAUUGUCAUAUAUGUUCCAUCCGAUGUACAAAAAAUGCUUUAAACUAGAUCAAAAAGGCAGAUAAAGAUACACAAAACAAAGAGAAUAUUGUUAAUCCAUUAAUUUAUUUCAUCAUCCCUUUUGUAGAACAUGUAAUCUGUCUCUUUGACAUCUUUGGGUAACUUGUUAAUAUCUGGGUGGUAAACUACAAAAUGCAACUUUGCCUCUUUACUUUAAACACUCGAUAUAAUAAUCUCUACAAAUAUAAACCAGUGUUAACCGACUUUAAAACCUCUCAAAACUGAAAAGCUUCGGCUUCACAGAUCCUUGUGCCGGCUGUCAGUUGUCAGAUCAAAAGACUUCCCGCUGUACGUUCUGUGUACACAGAGGGGUCAAUGUGAAAAGCUUAGCAGUGCAGUAUCCUUUGUACUCCCAUAGCCUUCGCAGGCAGAAUGAAUUAUAUCACUGAGUGUCCCCAAACACCACCUGUGUGUGAGUGUGUUUAAAGGGAGGCGGUGGCUUGACGUCAGUGUGCGUCAUAUUGCUUUUCCUCUUUCGGAUCUCCUCUAUUCCGCUGCCAAUAUUUCCCGGUGCAGAUCGGCUAAGCUGGACGUGAGCUGCACUCCCAUCGUGAAUCAAACACAGAACUACUCCUUAUUGCGUUGGUAAAACAUUCUUAGAAAAUGGCUUUAAAUCCUCCUUCAGUGAGCAGCGUCUGUGGCAGGAUUCUCCCUAGAUCUGGUGACAUUUGAUCCCCUCUGAAAUCCCCUUGUGCAUUCAUACAUGCAGUUUAAUUAAAAGCAUGAAAACUGCAGCUUUUUGCUCUCUUGUUUCUUUCUAAUUCUCCUCCCAUUUGCUUUUUUUUCAGGUUUCAACUCUAAAACUUGAGGCUGCCAUUUCUUCAUCUUAAUAUCUAUAGUUGCUACACAUUGCACCUCUGCAGAUUGUUUUCAUCCUAUUCAUGCAUCCCUUUAUGUAAGCAUGCAUAUGGAGAAUUAGGGCUUUCUACAGGGGGGCAAUUCUACAGCAAUAGCAGCAGAUAUGAACAUGCAAGUUGCGACUACUCUUCCUCGAGAAUACUUUUAAUAUCCGCUUUUUAUCCCAAAAAUCCCAAACCCACCCAUGAUCCCCUAGCUUAUUUCUGAUUGGUGUAUGCAGCUUUAGUGAUGGGAUGAUCUGUACAUAGAAAAGGCUCAAAUGUUUGCUGAGUGUGUGAGGUUGAUGUGGUGUGCUGAUUGUUUUUCCAAAAGGUGAAAACUGUGUCGGCACAGCUACAGUACGAGGAAAGAAGGUUUACAUGGAAAGACGUGUGGGAUUAGUGUCCUAUGCAUGUAUGAGGUGAUGAAUUCACAUCACUAACAGCAUGUUGGAUGACUUAUAUUGCUUAUUCAAAUCCCUUUUGGUAGUUCUGAAACCUUCAUAUAAAAGUCAGGUAAGAAACUGCGUCAUUCGCUCUGGCACAGGCGUUUGUAAAAUUGUGCGCACCUCUCUGAGAGGUCAGUGUUUACAGUAACGACUGAUUCAAGCUGAGAAAAAGAUUUUAUGGCUUUUUCAUUAUUGUGUUCUUAAAAUCUGGAGUAAAAAUUGUGCUGUAAUCUGGUGGUGACUUUUUUUUGAUCUUGUGGCUACUGUCGUGUUGCAGAAGGUGGCACCUUAACGGCAACACUGAGACGUUUCCCUGUGCAAAAAUUAUUUCCAGUAUGUGGGAGCUGUCUCAUCUUAAUGAAUACAUAAGAAAUGAAAUAUGUUUUUGUUGUUGGGUUUAAAGGGAUAUUCCGGCGUAAAAUUAAAUUAGGAUCAAACACACUGUAACACUGAGGUAGACACCCCCUCGAGAGAUGAAUGUUGCCGACCGCUUGCUUCUCGAGUUAUACCAACUUUUUCGUAACUCUCCCGACGAAUGCGUACAAUGCCACUGCGCAAGUGGUGAAGUGCGUCAGUGCUACUGCGCAAUGUUGGUUUCAGGAAAUGAAGAAAAAUCGCAGAAAUACUGAGAGCAAUUCGGCUUCAAAUCCAUAAACUGGCGGAAAGCUAUGGAAGUAAAUCUGUGCCAUCUGGUUUUGAAUUUGAAUUUCUAAAGCUGAAUAUUUUUGCAUCAAUAUCAGACUUUGAAUUUCAAAACUAUUGAGUUUCAAGCACACAUUUUUAUUUCUGACACUUUUUUUCCCACAAUGAUGAAAUAAAUUCAGUGUAAAAGAAGCAAUCGAUUCCUGGCUCCAUCAUCCAUCGUCAGGCUAAUCAAAUAAUGGGAGAUUGGUCAUGUGACACCGACCUCAGUGGAAGAUUGAAAGAUCGAUUGCUUCUCCCUUAUUACCUGGAUGUUGAGUCGGUCUGUUUUACACUAAAUUUUUUGACACUGAAUCUUUUGACACAGAAAUUUUUUUAAGGUUGAAUAUUUUUUUUUUUACAGUUUAUUUUUUCACUACCUGAAUAUUUUGAGAGAUUGAUUUUUUUUAACAAUUAAUUUAUUUCAUCAAUGUGAAAAAAAUAAGUAAGAAAUAAAAAUGUGUGCUUGAAAUUCAAUGGUUUUGAAAUUCAAAGUCUGAUUUUGAUGCAAAAAAAAAUUCAGCUUUAGAAAUUCAAAAUCAGAUGGCACAGAUUUACUUCCAUAGAAGGCGAAACCAAGUUGUUCAUAGAAUAUACAGUCUAUGGUAUAACUAGAAAAGCAAGCGGUCGGCAACAUUCAUCUCUCGACAGGGUGUCUAACUUGGUGUUACAGUGUGUUUGACCCUAAAUUAAUUUUACGCCGGAAUAUCCCUUUAGAGAAAAACUGAGAAAAAAAAAUGGCUCAGAUGUUUUCCACGGACCCUGCAAAGUCCAGAUGAAGCACAAGCAAUGCUGCUGUAACACACUAUGGCUAAAAUGACAUGCGUAGAUGUUAGCAUUAUGAACAGAGCUACCAUAAAAUAUUAGCACAUGCUAAAUAAGAACAUUUUAGGUCCGUACAGUCCAGUGUAAGGCUGGAUAAAUCCAAAACUUUGUUGUCUAGAUUCGUCCAAUCAAGUUUUUCAGAUCUGUCUCUCUUGUGAGGAUGUGUAAGGUCAGGCAGAGUUUGGACAGAGAGGCUACAGCAGAUAUGACGGCUCAGUCUUCUGUGAGAGUCUCGGUGGAGGAGGAGGGAGGGUUGAUUUGUUGAGAAAUUCUGUGAACGGUAAAGAGGAAGAAGGUGUGUGCUUCAUCCCUCCUCGUCCUCGCUCUCACUGUGCUAGCUCGCAGCUGGUAACUGCUCUGAACUUUCCUCCGAACGCUCCUCCAAACACUUUUCCUCAUCUUGGGACUUUUUUCUUCUCUUGUUACCUGGAAACAGAAGAAAUAUAUUUAAUUUUUUUGGAUGUCAAUACUGGUUAAAAUCAGCAUUUAGCAGCCAUAUGUUGUUUUCUUUUCUCUUCAGUGAGCUCUAACCUGAAGAUACUAGUGGAUUUCGCCCUGGGGUAUAAAAGGUGAGGCCAGUUUGAAAGUACCUUAAACUUUAAUUCUUCUUUAUGACUAGCAGGGGGAGACUCAACUGGUUUGUCUGUUUACAUGAAACCAAUGAGGAUGCCUCUUGUUCUUCUUUGUUUUAUAACUCAGUAACAGAGGCUGAUCCAAAGGGGUGACCAGGGGUGGCAGAUGCCCCAGCUGUGCCAAUCUUUCAAUUUCUCAUGAUUUGAUCUAACUUUGUUUCCUAGGGUGGCAAUUUGAUUUAACAUUGUUAUCUGAUACAAACCGGUCUGAAGUGCUCUUGUUGUUACAUGAAGGUGCUUAUUUCUGGAUUUAUUUCCAUCUGCUGUGAUCAAUUAUUAAGUGAUAUUAAUGGAAAAUGUGUUUGAGAUUUUUUUACCUUGAGGCACUGCUGGCUGCACGGUCUAUGUGGGUAUUCUAUAUAUGGAGGUUACGCCUCAGGCCUGUGGCUCCUUUCCCAUAUGUUACACCCCCCAUUUUAUGCUCAGUCCGUUGUCCAAUACUCUCUUAAUUAAGGCAUUAAAACUCUAAAAAUAUUAAUAUCCUCUAUUAAUAUCUGUUUUUUAAAAAAAAGCUGUUGUCAGGAUAGAUAUAUUAUAACACAAAUCCAUCCUCUCUUCCAGCUUCUGAUGGCAAAGAAACAGGGUGAUGAUUUUUAAAACUGAAAUCUGAGCUUAAAAUAGGAUAUUAAAAACUAACAGGGGGGCACCACAAUGUCAAUGCUGUGAAGAAAUAUUUCAAGAUUUUCUCAAAUAAAUAACGUAGAAGAGCAACAGUCCCUCACAGCGCAGUUUGCUAAAUAGGAGUAAAUGAGUCAGCUUGUCGCAGAGCCAGUAAACACAGUUGUAUCUGUGGAAUCUGCUCUGCAGGAAGGAGGAGGUUGCAGCGAGAUACAUGACACGUCACCUGUUGCUAAGAUACACCUGGCAUCAAUCCCACUAAUGUCUGCCAGAAAAGUUUGGGUGCAUCUGACGGGAUAUGUAGGCAUGCUGUUCCACUGCUGUGUGUGUGUGUUUGUGUGUGUUUGUGUGUGUAUGUGUGACAGAUUGCUCACUCACUCAAUUUACGCAGCAGCCUCUUUCCGAUGUUUUCUUCAGAGCUGGACAGAGAGCGGGAGCUGAUGAAGGGAGACGUGGACGGCAGAGACUCUAUAGGCACAUCUGAGGGAGAGAGGGGGGUGAAGCAGAAAUUACAGCUGAAGUGGAGGCAGACAAUCGUACUCAGUUAUACAGACUUCACAGGCAUACAGGCAUCACUUUUAUAGCAUAGAAAACAUCAGAUAUUUCACUUCUAAAAUGGUAAAUAGAUGUGUUCAUUCUCUGAGUUUGACCUGAAUCAUUUCUGUUAAAGCUCCUGUGAGAAACUUUGGGUUUCUGACCAUUUUGUCACCUCCUCUUAUCUCCUCUGAUUUCUCUUGGACAUGUGUAAAAAAACAUUUUUGACAGGAAAACUUUCUCAGCUUUUUUUAACCAGGAAAUGAGUCACUCCAAGAAUCUUUGCCCUAAAAGAGGAUUUUUUCAAUAUCAGUUUAUUACUUUGUCUGGCACAUAGCCCCACAGCAGUCAUUUCAGGCACCCAUGAUAAUAACAGUCUAGAAAGGAUCAGUCUCGUUUCUUAUGGUUUUGUUUGCAGCUCGUGAUCAGACAUCAGUGUUCAUUUCAGUCUGUUUCAUAACCGGAGAAGAAGUCCUCACAGGAGCUUUAAAGACUCGUAUAACCUAAUACAGCGGUUCUCAACUGGUCUCACUCUGGAACCCACAUUUUCCCACAGUCCUUAAGUC